CUUAUAAUUCUUCAUCGUUUAAAAUCCGAACCUUAAAUCGAUGCGCAUAAACAAAGCAGCGUGGCAUUCUCGAUCACUGACCCGCGCCAACGUAUGAUGAUACUCUCUACGUUUCCGUCGGUCCGCCUCGUUCGCGAUCGAUCGAUCUUCAGCCGCAAAUUCCCGUAGAUUCCUCCCUUUCUUCUCUCCCUCACCGCCGUCGCAUGCGGCUAUUUGCGACAUCGAUUCGUGUCGCGAUCGAUCGGUCGAUGUCUCUUCUCUCUCAUUCUGCGAAUCGAUUAUCCUCCUCACUUUCGUCGACCUUCGCCAAACUUCAGAUCCUCAUCCGACGAGAGUUUCAGGUGACCUAACCUCGUCCGGAAUCCUCCUUUCGAAGAUCAUGCAAUCGCGCGGAACACGCGAACGAGAAUAGAGCUGGGAAGUGCAACGGACAGGAGUAAUCGGAGUUCGCGACAUCCUCAGAUGCGACUUGCGACAAGUUAGAUUUCGGGCAUUACGGGUGCACAUGUAGAUUGUACGUCAGUACGCCAAGUGCUUGUGUUACGAAGUUACUCGCACGUAUGUCAGGGUUACUCUUAGGAAAAAAUUGUUGGCUUUCGGCUAGGUGAGCUCAGCGUCCGGAGUUCCGGGCGUUCGAGCGCGUCCUGAAAGGGUGAAAAGAAGGGAGCGUGGUGGAGGAUCGCGCGCGAGGGGGACAUCGGUGCGCGCGUUGUGUAUUACGUCAGGUCAGGGCGAGCGCGACGGCGAGAGAGUGCAGCACCGCAAAAGAAAGAGAGAGAGGGAGAAAAAGAGAACGACAGAGCGAAAGAAAGGAAGUGAGUGAGGGGGAGGGAUAGGUAGAGGAACGGCGUCUCUCUUUACAUCUGCGCAUUUCUCGCGUUCGCUCAGGGGAAAACUCCAAAACAAGCAACAUGGCGGACCCGAGCAGCGAGCCCGCAUCGUCGAGCGGCAUCGCGGAGCAGGUAGCCGCGACGGCGGCCGCCACCGUCGUCGCGGACCCGUUGCGCGAGGACCACGACAAGCCCGAGGACUUUCACGAGCCCGACAAGAAGCGGCGGAGGACGACGACGCGCGCCGAGGACGCCGCGAAAAACCGAGCAGAAGCUGGAGCACGUCUGGGCGGCAUCCUCUGCUGCGCAGUAUGCCUCGAUUUGCCCCGUGCAGCCGUCUAUCAGUGUGCUAAUGGACACUUGAUGUGUGCUGGUUGCUUCACUCAUGUCCUCGCAGAUGCCAGGCUGCGGGACGAGAUGGCAACAUGCCCCAACUGCAGAAUCGAAAUCAGCAAAACCACCGCGUCACGAAAUCUGGCAGUUGAAAAAGCCGUGUCUGAGUUACCCGCCGAAUGUCAAUAUUGCGCGAAGGAGUUCCCGCGAAAUUCCUUAGAGCACCACGAAGAGGCUAUGUGCGAGGAAAGGAUAUCUAGUUGCAAAUAUAGUAGAAUCGGUUGUCCAUGGCGAGGCCCGAACCACGAGAUUCCGGAACACGAGAGUCACUGCGCUCAUCCUCAUCGUACAGGUGCGGACGUGAUGGAGGCUCUGCGCGAGAUUGAUGCCCGUACCUUGGACGAACGUAGGCUCUAUGACAAUGUCUUUGAUCUUUUGUCCUACGAGAAAAUCACAUUUAACGAUUUACAGAUGAAGCCAUAUCGUACUGACGAAUUUAUCCAUAAACUAUUUUAUGAAACUUCACGAUUCGGCGCUUUCAAUAAUCAGUGGGUAGUGAAGGCCAGGAUCAAUAGUAAUCAACGCGAUCCUACUCAAAGUUCAGAGCGAGACAUAACUUACCAACUGAUACUAAAGACAAAAACCACUUAUCCGCUACCAGUUUAUUACUUGAUCUUGAAAGGGCCAUUUGGCGAUAUGAAAGUCCAUCCGAGAAUUCACAGAUUCGAAUUUACCGAGCAAGAAAAUGAGAGUCCGUAUUUUACAUUGCCAUUACCGGACACGGCGGAAUGCAAUAGACUCCUUGCGGCUAAAGCCAUCAGUUUUAGACUAAUAAUGUUCCUGGCAUCUAAGUAGCUUACAACGAUAAAAUCUAUUGUCAAGAUUUUGUCAUAAAAGGAAUCGAUCGACGAGAUCUUCUAGAUAUAACGAAAAAUACAAAUAUAGCGAUCACAGAGAUUUAUAAUCGUAUAGUAGCGAUAUUGAUCAUACUAAUGAUGAAUAAUGAAAAGAGAAAGAGAUUCAAAGAUACUAAUAUAAUUGUAAUGUUUAAAAAUACAUGUUAAAUAUGUAUAAAAUUAAUAUAAUGUGACGACAUACACGGAAAGCACAGAAUAUUUAAAUAUUGGAAAAAUAAAUUUUAAAUUGCUUUACACCUUCCUUUUAAAUCAAACUUUUACAUUAAAACGAAAAGGAGAAACUAAGAACUAGCGAUUAGUUUAUAUAGAUUAUUGUUAGAUAAUAAAUUGUAUGUCCCAGUUGUGCAAUGUGCUUGUACCUCAUGGUUAAGCUAAAUGAUCAGUAUCGCUUAGAUAAUACUAUAAUUUAAUAUAUCCUUGUCCAAGAAGAGCCUAUUGUUUUUCGUUUAUUUAAAUAAAACGCUAUCGAUG